AUGUGCGGAGGAAGCGAGAAAGACCUUCACGACCCUCGGCGCUUCGGAGCCCUCGCAGUGGUGAGCGAUCGGUCUGGCCUGGAGCAAGACCUCUCUGGCCGGAUUAUGUUCUUCAACAACGUGGAUUCCAAGAGCACGCUGGCCACCCAUGUGAAGUUCAUACCAGCGCAGGGCCAGCACAUCCGGCACGACUUGACGUUGACCAUAUUCUCUACCGGCGACUUGACAGUGCCUGUCUCAGAAUGCGAGCAGAUUGAAAGUUUCACCCUCCCAAUGACCUUGCGUCCCGAUAUCAUGGAACCCAGCCCGCUGGAGUCGAGAUUAGGGCAGCAGCUGCUGCUCGAGGUCGGCGGUGAUGGAGUCAUUGGCAGGCGGAUAGCAAUAUCGUCGCAGGGCCCCUCAAAGACAUGCCUGGCCGAGGGUAUCGUUGGCUUCAACAGCGGCUCGAUAGCUCUGGCUGCAUGA